AAAACAGGGGAGGGGAGUGACAUUAUCAAAAAGAAAGGAUGUGGUGAAGGUGGAACCACACUUGAGGUUGGAGCAUUUUACUAAACAAGAGAAGAAGGAAUGAAAAUGUUGGUGCAAACUCAAUUCCUCUCUUCGGUUCAACACAGUGUUAUCCUCUUCUCUUCCACGCAACCUACCCUUUCCUUCACUGUCAAAUCGCAAAAGGGUUCUGAAACCUCAUCGGAUGAUGAUUCGGGUUCCACAAAGACUGGGGUGGGGUUUGGGUCAUCGGAGACAGGUGGUGGUGGUGGUGGUGCAAACAGUAAAAGGAAACAAAAGCAGAAACAGAAGGGGCAGAGAGAAAGGGCUUCCAUAAUUCGAAGAACCCCGCUUGAAAAACCCGCUUUUGUUUCGGAGCAACAAGUGAGCAACGCUAAGGAAGAGAGCAAAAAUGAAAGCGCUUUUCUUCUUGCGUGGCUCGGUUUUGGCCUCGUUAUACUCGUUGAGGGCAUUGGUCUUGCAGCAUCUGGCUUCUUACCAGAACAGUGGGACCAGCUUUUUGUCAAGUAUCUCUAUCCAUCGUUUACCCCUACAGUUUUCUUGUUUGUUGCCGGAGCAGUUGCAUAUGGAGUGUUUAAGUAUUUGCAGAAUGAAAAAAUCACAGAGCAGAAGUAAUGUGACAGUUUUAGUGUCAAAAACCCGUUGCCCUACUGGGUAAAAUUAAAAAUGAGGGUGACUGCAAUCGUACUAUGGCUUCACUUUCAUUCUAUUCCCCUUUGCUAUUAUAGGAAUGAAAGUUGACAAAUAUGACAAGCCCCUUUAAGAACCAUUUCUGUUGGAUCACUAGUAACAACACAACAGUGUAUCAUAUGGUCAAGUUACACAGGUUUUCGAAAUGGCUUCAUUCCUUGUAAUUAAGUCUCUUUUUUGCUAUGAAACUUACUUUCUAUCUUAACAUGGUCAUGUUUGGAUUUUGAACA